CCAGGUCAAAGGACAGCCAGCUGGUACUUCCUUCUCCCCCUGAACGCAUCAGAUAUCUCGAAGCAAGGUUUCAGCUUCCUCUUUAUCGUGAUGGAGCAACAAACCAAUGCCCCGCCCGAGGCUCGAGCCAUUGCUGUCUUCCUGCGCAAUUCCUCCCUCGUACCCGUGAGGAAUGGUAUUCUCGGUGGUACUCGCUACCCGUAUUUCCAUGGCACCCGGGCCGUAGCUGCUCUGCUCUCUCCCUCAUACGCCAAGCUAGCUUCCAAGGCAAAGCUGCCCCUGCCUGUUCCACAGGAUGAGGAAGACGCAGAGAGGAUCUUGCACGGCAUCUUACCGUUUGCUUUUUUCUUGAGAGUGGAGAGAGGAGAGCAGGUUGGACAGCAGAAGAAGAAGGAAGGGGGAAUGACCGAGAGGUUGAGGGAACUCAAGGUGGUGCAGCAGCAGAUGUUCAAGAAGGAGAUGCACUACGCCUUCUUCUUCGAGGGGUCACAGCUACGUGUCCAGCUCAUGGGACUGGGAAUGGUCGUCAUCCUCCUGGCCGCCGUGAUGUUCCCCCUGUGGCCACCGAUCAUGCGUCUGGGUGUAUGGUAUCUGUCCAUCGGAGCCCUAGGCAUCAUCGCACUCUUCUUUGCCGUUGCUAUCAUCCGGCUCAUUCUGUGGGGAGCAACGGCUGUGUUCGGACGGGGGUGGUGGCUGUUCCCCAAUCUGUUUGCUGAUGUUGGCUUCGUCGACUCCUUCAUUCCCGUGUGGGACUGGGACGUGCCUGCUCCACCCAAGAAGGUCAAGAAGGCAAAGUCGCGACCGCAAAUAGAAGGUGGUGAGGGCAGCUCAAAGGCACCGGCAGCGCUCAAGGCUGCAGCAGGCAAGGGCGAGUUAGGCGUGUCAUCAAAGGCGGGAUCAGGUACCAGCACGCCUGCCAAGGGCAAUGGUACUGUGAGUGAGGUGGCUGCUGCCCCUGCGGCAAAGGUGAAGAGAGAGUCAGAUAGGCUGGGCGACUUGGAUUGAGAGAUCAGGAAGUCCUCAAAGCAACGAGGCUCAUGAAGACUUGUGGCACUCAGACCUGCAAGCUGGUCUCGGUGGAGCUGCUGCAAGAGCGCCUACUUUGGGGCAGUCGGAAACAUCAUCGGCCUGCGAAUGUCAAGAGAGAUCGCGAGCUCUACCAUUAUAUCCUUCAUGUCCGUCACUUUCUUGAUCUGCACGACCGUCUGACUCUUGACAAGGGUGGUGUAACCGGCCAGGAUCGGGUCGUGGCGUGAGUGGUGACGGUGGAAUGCGGGAAGAAGUGGGAAGCUUCCCCGCGCGGCCGAGGCGGAGUGAGACACACAGGCGGGGG